GGGCGGGCUAGAGUCUAGGGUCACACCCGGCCUCCCCGCUCAGCGUCUGCUGCACCUGCAGGGCACCUGCUCGCAUCUCCGGGACUGGCGGACUUUGCCUCGAGGGGGGAAGGGUGACGCUGAUCGGCUGGUCAUGGCCUACCCGGGCUACGGAGGAGGGUUUGGAAGUUUUGGUGGUCAGAUACCAGGAAUGCAGAUGGGACAGCCCGUGCCUGGUGUGGGUCCAAACAUGCUCCCCGGGGGCUACCCUGUGUACCCGGUGCACUCAGACACCUGCUCCUCAGCUGAUGCCUCCAUGUGGACAUACUUCACAGCUGUUGCUGGACAGGAUGGUGAAGUGGAUGCUGAGGAACUUCAGAGGUGUUUAACACAGUCUGGCAUUAGUGGAACUUACGCUCCCUUCAGUUUGGAAACCUGUAGAAUUAUGAUUGCCAUGUUGGAUCGAGAUUUCACAGGAAAAAUGGGAUUCAAUGAAUUCAGGGAGCUGUGGGCAGCUCUUAAUGCCUGGAAACAGAACUUUGUGGCUGUUGACCAAGACUGCAGUGGCACCGUAGAGCACCAUGAGCUGAGUCAAGCCAUUGCUGAGAUGGGUUAUAGGUUGAGUCCUCAAACAUUAGCUGCUAUUGUGAAUCGUUACAGCAAGAAUGGCAGAAUUUUCUUUGAUGACUAUGUUGCUUGCUGUGUGAAGCUUCGGGCAUUGACAGAUUUCUUUAGGAGGAGAGACUACUUGCAACAGGGAUUUGUGAAUUUCAUAUAUGAGGAUUUUUUGCAGGGCACUAUGACAAUUUGAAUGCUGGGAAUUCGAAAGCUGGAGAAAAUACUGUGAGGCCUUUUUCUUGAUCAGAAAACUGGACUACUGAAAAUUAAAAGUCUUGGAUAUUUUUCAUAUUCAUACCUGUCAUAACUCUUUCUUUUCUGUGUUUUCCAAUUUAAAGCAUACUUCAGAGCCAUA